GAAAAGAAAACAACGAACAUUUAUUUGCAAUACAUUUUUUUUUACAAAAUGUCCAAAAAUAUUAAUAGCAAACUACCUUUGAAAAUGAAACCUCAAUCUCAAUCACUGAGUAAAAGUUCUAACAUAGCUUCUCCGAAUAAUCUUAACCAGAUCACCAAAGAACCACAGACAUCAGCCAAGACCAGUAUUUUAUACAAAGGCAAAGAGAGAAUAAAUCGGGUUUCCGCUGAAACCAAAGUAAAUCUUUCAUCUUCAAAACGAACACCGAGUCGAGAUACAGUAAUGAAAUUGGAUAAAAAGACCGAGGCGUCACGGUUGAAAGAAUCAACCGUACUAAAAACUCUGGCAAAUAAACCACGUUCAGUGCUGGGUAAACAAGUUACACCUUUAAAAAACAAACAAUUAUAUGACAAGUCAAAAUCUAGUGGUUCAGUGAGACCUUCCUCAAGCAAACUGAAUUUGGCUAUGAGCUCUGUUCAUAAUGUAACAGUUUCUUCACCACCUUCAAAGCGUAAAGAAUCACCAAAAGCAGUUAUUGAUAUGGGAGAGCAACGAAUACGAAGCAAAAGUAGAACUUUGAGCCCAGAAGAAAUUGUCAUUUUAAAAGGCCAAACUAUAAAUAAGGAGUUUCAUAAAACUGCAGCAGAAAUUCCUAUAUUGAAAAUCAAAGAACCAGUAGCGUUCGAAGUUAUUUUUGAUAAUAGCCAAAAACCUGUUUCCGAUGACAAAUUUAUAAAAUGUAAAAACCCAUGUCCUUUAGAUCAGUGCGAAUACUCUGAUGACUUUGAAUCAUAUGAAUCAGACUUUGAGACCGGUUCUUCAUCAGACGUAGAAUCUAAAUCUUCUGUCUCGUCAAAACCAACAUCAAUCGAAGAUCGUGUGAGUUCAUCUAUGGAUAUUGAAACAGAUGCCGAAGAUAAAUCAGAGCUUGAUGAUGAAUCUUAUCUAACUCAUGUUCCAAUAACAGUUAUUCACCAUGAUAAGGAAUUAGAACGUAAACUUGAUUCUGGAAAUUACGAUUUAAAUUUGAAGAAAGCUCGUGUUGUCGAUUCAUUAGACAGUUUUGACACUCUCGUGAACACUGAAGAACUGGAUUCUGGAAUAAGCUACAGUAACAUAUCUGAUAUGUCAAUUGAAAAAGGAUCAAUAGUUUACGGUGGAUUUAGUCAGUUUUACAUUCAGCCAAAGGUUACGAAGAGAGGAACUGAAAUUAUGUCGAAGAUACAAUUCGACAAAAUUUCCUUUACAAUCCUUGACCUCAAACCUUUUCCAUACAACAUCUAUAUGAAAUUUUUUGGAAGCUCACAUACAGUGCAAUCUUUUACACAAACCUCAGAAAAUCACAUGGAAAGCGAAUGCCAAACAGACGAAGGCGAGGUACAAUCUAUUUGGACUCAGCAUCCACCUCAAUAUAAUCAUGUACUAAUUCAAGAUUCAACUGAAAUUUCUCAUUGUACCGGUGAAGCAGUCAAUUAUGUUGAGAAUGGUGGCGUCGUAAAUGAAUAUAUUUUUGACCAAACCAUUCAAAAUUUGUCGAAAUUGCGAAAAAAUAGACUUUGCUCUGGAGGUUUUGAUGGCCACCAGAAACCUAUUAACUUUGAGUGUCUUAAUAAUUUCUUGAGUUCUUCCUCUUCAAUUGUUUCACGGAUUAUUUCCAAGAAUGCUCAAGAUCUUCGUUUAGCUAAAACCGACCUCCCUUAUCAAAGUAAAGGUUUCUUUCAGCUUAACACCAACCUACUUAACGCGUUAAAAGUAAUACGUGUUUUUGCAAAUAUUAAGUUCAGUUUGAUUUUGACAGUUCAUGAGAGCAUUGAAAAUGUUUACCACAAAGAUUUUUCAAAUUUAAUAAUGGUUUGGGAUUGUGAAGAUGCUGAAAAGCCUUUGCGUCUACUAUCAACGUGGAGUGAAGUAAGUCGAGCUGAAAUAUGCAAUGACAGUUCUGAGAUUAUUGUUUGUGGAUUACGGGAUGGAAGUGUAGCAAUGUGGGAUUUGAGGGAAACAUAUUCUUUUUGCUCAAAGCUCGAUGGACAUUUAACACAUUUUUCAGCAACUCAUUCAAUUGCUCCGAGUUGGGGAGGAGUUGAUUUGCGAUCAUUUGAUGUGGGAGCGGUUAUUGAUGUGAAGAGCUUUAGAUCAACAAGAAAGGCUUUUGUUUGUGAAGAAAAAUUCAAGACUAUUCAGUUUGCUUCAUUAAACGAAGCCGGGUUUUUGACAAUAUGGACUUUGGUGGAAAUUACUUCAAGAAACUUGGAAAUCUCUAAGGACUCUGACAAAAAGUUUGAAUAUAGUUCUCCAUGGGCUCGCGUCAAACUAAUUCAAAGUGCAAUCUGUGAUUUGCGAGAGUACAUUGAAUUGAAAUCCAUUUGUAAGCAGAGUACAUUCGAGCGUACAAAAUCGAAUUUUCAAAAGGACGUUUACAACGAUGAUAUUCUGAAAGAACUUGCGGAAUCACAAAAUAAUGCGAUACCUUUUGCCCAAGGUCUACGAUUCAUAAACAUAGAAUGUGGAAAAGAGCUUAUAUUCGUGGGUACAAACAGGAACUACAUAAUUUCUUGUUCGAAAACCCUUAAAAAGGAACGUUUUCGAAGAAUUAAUAUCAUUCAUAGUGGGUUUUUGUUUCCCACAGCCUUAAAACUUUUAGAAAAUGAAAAAUAUUUAGCUGUUGGAUUAUCGAAUGGUUCGGUUAUGAUUUUGAAUUGUAACCAUGAAAAAACAUUUGGAAAUAACGGGCGGAAGAAAUUCCAUAAUCCGAAUUCGACUAGGAAAAAGCAAUCUAGAUCAUAUGAAUUAGACGACGAGGUAGGCAAGUCUUGUGCCAUUCAAAAUAUCAUUAAAAAUGAAAGACUCUCGUCUGUGACUAACUUUGUUGACGAUGCAUAUGAAUCAACUAUGGCAGAGACUACUUCGACAACUCCAGAAGAAAUUAAAAUGCCUUGCGAAUUGAAAAUAUUUGACGAGCAGGUUUUGCUAAGUGGUUCUGUUUUAAGGAAAGAUUUAGUUCAAAAACUGGAAUUUUCAAGCGAUAGUUUGCUACUGUUUGCUUUAUCUGACGGAAAUGUUCUUGUUUAUGAUUUUUGUAUUGAAGCUGAGAUAAAAUUUUACGCAAACAAUGCUAUUAACAAAAAUGUAAAAGAGAUUGCAGUAAGCCGAGGACAUGCCAAUGAGAAAUAUAUUAUUCUUUUGGACUAUAACAACAACGUUCAAGUUCAUUUACUAAAGUAAAUGUUUUUUCUUGAGUUUAUUUUAAAUUCAAUUAAAUAAAAUACAUGUAUCGUCAAGAGCACGAUAAAUACGGCGCAGAAAAAUAAAAAUUGUAUUUUUGUAAAAGGGUAAAAUACAACCAAAGUUGGCUAUGAAAAUAUAAAUAAAAUACUUUAAAAAAUUA